CACCUUCUACGCAGACGCAAAAGUAAUCAACCGGAUGUGGAUUACAGACACAGUUGUUCUAGAGUAACAAGUAAAGUAACUGUGUGAUUCACUUCGAAAAUGAGUAGUUCUGAAGAGGUUUCCUGGAUUUCCUGGUUUUGUGGUCUGCGAGGAAAUGAGUUUUUUUGUGAAGUUGAUGAAGACUACAUACAAGACAAAUUCAACCUGACUGGGCUAAAUGAGCAGGUGCCCCAUUACAGACAAGCCUUAGACAUGAUUCUAGACCUAGAACCUGAUGAUGAACUUGAAGACAACCCCAAUCAAAGUGACCUGAUAGAGCAGGCUGCCGAGAUGUUGUAUGGUCUGAUACAUGCCCGCUACAUCAUGACCAAUAGGGGCAUAGCACAGAUGAUUGAAAAAUGGCAACAGGGAGAUUUUGGAUAUUGUCCUCGAGUUUACUGUGAAAACCAAGCAAUGUUACCAAUAGGAUUGUCUGAUGUACCUGGGGAGGCAAUGGUCAAGCUCUACUGCCCUAAGUGCCAGGACGUGUACACACCCAAGUCCUCCCGCCAUCAUCAUACAGACGGAUCUUACUUUGGGACAGGCUUCCCUCACAUGUUGUUCAUGGUCCACCCAGAGUACAGACCCAAACGACCUGCCAACCAGUUUGUCCCCAGACUUUAUGGAUUCAAGAUUCACCCACUGGCCUACAACCUACAGAACCAAGCAGCUGCCAACUUCAAAAUGCCAAUGAGAGGGCUAGGUCAUAACAACAGUAAACGCUGACUCAUGUAACCGUAGGGAGCCACUCACUACAUUGAAAUAAGGACUUUAUUUAUGAAGUUACCUCUCUCCAGAGAAAGGAGUAGGGGGUAUAGCAUUCGGUAAACAGUGACUUGUGUAACAGUUUAAAGGGAGACAAUCCCUGCAAUAUGAAUUAUUGACAAAUAUUUAUGAGGUUACCUCGUUGCCCUGAGGUAGUGAUAGUUAUAACAAAGAUGCUUUUAACAAUUGAAGCCUGAUGUCAUAAGCUACAUUAUAUAUUCAUAAUGGUGUCCUCUUCUUAACUUUCUCCUGGAUUAAUACUAUUUUUUACAAUUAGAUAGCGUCAAUAAUAAAUAAUGUCUAGGACAGUUACCGCUGGUGAUAUUUUAGUUCGAUAAAUGAACAUCAGCUGAAACAUUCACUCAAUACAAGAAAUAUUGUAAUCACUUUUUUCUGGGAGGUUUUUGAAUAUCAGUCAAAGUACUUUAUUGUGUGGCGAUGUUUUGUGUAGGGAAAUUCAAUAUAUCCCGAAUGUGAUAAAACGUUGAUGAGAGAGAUUGAUCAUUGUUGCUAAAGUAGGGUGAUCAUAGAUGUAUCAUUUCAGGUGAAUUUCAUACCCUUCAGUUUGUUUCCUUUCUGAUGUAUUAUUGUCUAUCAUUUGCUCAUUAUGUUUGUCUAGGAGAUGUAACCAAAUUAGUACUACAUGUACAUGAGGGUGGGCAUACAGAGUCUUAAACAUAUAUACUUCCUGACUAAUUUUAUCAUUGAGAUUAAAGACUCUAGGUUUUAGUGUUUUUACAAUCAUGGUAUGUUAUAGUGUAUGUCAUUAACAUAGAUUUUGGAUUUUAAAAUUAAAAAAAUUAUGAAACAUGAAAUCUGGACAGAACAAGGAUUGAUCUGACAACGUCUGUCUUGGUAAAAAAAUGUUGCUGGUUUAUAAAGAAGAUAUUUGAGGGGAUUUGGUUUGGUUGAUGAAUUAUCCGUAUUUUUUAGGUAAAACCAUUCACAAAACAGGCAUUAAUGUAACGAUUGUAUAAGUACUAGCAAUGUUUUCUACCUGUUGUAACAAUGCCUCAUUUUAGCCAACUUUGUGUAUUUAUGCAACGCCUUCUAACAUAAUGUUCUGUGUGUUUAGUAAUGGUUAAUUUGAAAAAGUCAAUUAAGUCUUGUUAUAAAAGAGGAUUGCUUAUUAACCAAAUAUCAGUGUCGAGUCAGAAAAUUUUAAAAAAUUAUAGGUAUUGUUUGCCUGAAUUAUUGAUGGGGACGGUCAGUUGACCUACAGUACGUGAAAUGCUGGGUAUAUCGUUGUUAGUUCUGUCAUGACAGUGCUCCUGGCUGGAAUUACUGUAGGUAUUGGACAUUUUUUGAUGCAUAUGCUACUAUGUAUUGUAAAACUUUUGUGAUGUAACAGUUAACUGUAAAUACUAGUACUGAGAAUGAGACUCUUUUUAUACUUACACCAAUCUGCUUUGGAACUUUGUAUUGGCAGAAAUAUUAAGAAAUAUAGAACCAUUAAGUAAAAUAAAGUAUUAUUUCAUUAAUUACAGAACAUUAAAGAAAAUUUUUUUCUAGUAGAAUGGUAAAUCGAUAUAGAAGGUAUUGGAUAUCCUUUUGGUGCUUGUUGAAAAAAUCUUUGUUAUAUGGUUGGUAUUUCAAUGAUUAUGAAAACAAGAUUUCUUCAUGUAAAUCUUCAAUUUAUAUUAAAGGUGAUGAAUUGAUAUCCUUUUUGUGCUUUCUUUAAAUUUCACCUAGGUUUGGGUGAAAGAUUCGGUUAUUUCUAAAAUUGGUCAGAACUCAUUCUCAGCUGACCUAAUAAAGCUGAUGGAACACAUAUAAUGGGCCAGUUUGUUUAUGUGGACAAACUGGUUCGUCGGUUUUUAAAUGCAAUAUUUCAAACAUAUAUCUUGAUGGACCUGCAAAUGUUGAAUACAGGCCUUGGGAAGUCUUUGUCAAGACUCGUUUGAAAACAAUAUAAAAUCACCAGGUCCGUGUAUAUUUCAUAAACAAACAACACCGGUCCAUCUGGUCUAACCGUUUGGACCGCAAAAACAGAAACGGCCCAGAACUCUAUCUCAGUGUUGCUCUAAGUCUGUUUUCGAGGACUGGUGAUAUACCUUGUGUGUGAUAUAAGAAACAUAUUUAAUGGUAGUUUUAGUAUCUUAAAUAUCAGUUAUUGGCUAAACUGAUCCAACUGUCGUCCAUGCUCUAGUCACAGUAGACCUUUUACCUAGAAAACUUGAAACGGGUUGGAAUAUAUUGCCUGCCUUUGUGUGGCGAGCAGGGAUGACAAAUGUUAGUGUACUUUUUGUGUGUGUAGAUGUUCAGAAAUAACAAGUGCUGUAUAUAAAUCCAUAUCUCUAGAAACAGGUAAUAAAGUCUGUUUCGUUUUGUAACAAAA